AUGUCAGCUAGCUCCGAAUCAAAAUUGAGCAGAAAACGUAGCCAGGGCAGUCGAACGCCGCCGUCGACGCCGCCGUCGACGCCGCCGCUGCCACUGGAUGAGCGCCGAAAUGCAACGCCAGAGGAUGAGUGCGAGAGCACGUCUCAGGCACGGACGGCUGCCCAAGGGCUGGAGCACUCGGAUGUGGCGUCAACAGCGACUGGUCGCACCGUUGUUGGCGAGCGGCAGCCUGCUGAGGCACUGCCAAUGCCGCUUAUCCUGCUGGCAGCACCUUUGGGGCCGCGUGAAAUGAAGGAUGCGCAGGUGAAUACCGAUCCGGUGUACCUGAGUGGAACGAGGGCGGCAAAGCGAACUGCAGUACCCACAGUGUCUGUAGCCGACCCUAAAUCUUCCUUAAAACCAACUGGAUCUGAAGUGCCGCACAAAUUGCCAACUACUGUGCUUUUCAACAAAAGGCAUGGCCGCAAGAGUUCAAAGAAGUCCACCAGUUCCGACAAUUACGAUCAGGACGAGCCGCUAACCACCAAGAAGACUAAGGUAUUCAAAAAAAGACAUGCUAAGCCAAAUCCGGCUGCAGACGAAUCGGAUGACUCGAUUCUUGGUCCAAAAACCGCUAGCUCUUAUAUGCGACAAUCAAAUAUAACGGCAACAAGCGAUUUCACGGAUAUACCGCAAUCGGAAGAAUCGGAUAGAGCUCGGACCCCCGAGACCAGCAGCAUUAAGUACUCAAGCAGCGGGACGAUCAUUGUGACCGAAGGCGAGGUGGUGGACCUGGACCCAAACGAUUUUCAGCAGCGCAAUCUGCCGCCGAACUUAAGGCUGGCCUCCGGCUUGGCCUUCAUCUAUAUGGCCAUACCGCCGGACGGUGGCUAUGGCUGGGUGGUGCUGAUCCUAAGCUUUAUAGCACAACUGAUUGUCGAUGGCAUCGUCUUCACCAUUGGCAUAUUGCUGCCCCACAUGGCCAACGAGUUCAGUGUGAGCAACGGCCAGGUGGUGCUGGUGGGCAGCGUACAAAUUGGAUGCUAUUUUUUUGGCGGCGCCUUCUCCAGCGCGCUGAUCAACAUCUAUGGCUUUCGGCCAGUGGCAUUGGGUGGCGUCAUCAUCUCAGCCCUGGCCAUGCUGGCGGCCAGCUUUGGUCCGAGUUUGAGUGCGGUGAUCUUCUUUUACAGCAUAAUUGUCGCCGCAGCUGGACCCGGACUGAGCAUGAUCUGGGUGAGCUCACAGCUCAUCAUUGGUUUCUAUUUCGAGCGGUAUCGGCCCAUUGCCAGCGGAUUCUCUUGUUCGGGUGCCGGCGCUGGCAUAUUAAUUUUUUCCAUUACCAACAAUAUUCUGGUCCAAAACAUGGGCUGGCGGAAUACCAUACGCAUUCAGGUAAUUCUCUUGUGUCUUUUACUAUUUGUGGCGAUUGCCUAUUUGGAGGUGGCACCAUCGCCUGUGGGCGUAGUGCAUCAAGCGGAUCCCUUGAGCAGCACCAGUUCGAACGAGUAUUAUGGCAAUUUCUAUGUGCACAAUUUUCUCGGCGAUGAUCUCUCCGCCAAGAGAUCUCACAACGUGAUCGAGACUUAUGAGCCGCCCAGUAAAAAGCAGGGCAAGCUGCGACGCUGCAUCCAAUUUUGCUGUCCUUGCUGUCCAAAAACGAAGCUUAAAGAGGAGACGACUGCCUCCGAGCGCUCCGAGCGCAAUUAUGUAGUGCGACCGGAUCCCCUGCAGCGCGAUGAUCUGUUCUACACGGGACCCAUUGACUAUGAGGAGCCGCACCACAAGGAGCAGUUCGAUGGCAAGGAACUGGAACUGGUUGGCACCCAAACCCAUCUGCAAAGAGCUGCCUAUGGCCUGCACAAUAUACACAACUAUGACAGUAGCAGCAAUUUGUCGGGGACGGGUUCCGGUUCCGAUGUGCGGCUGCGUCCCCUCUCACCAAAACACACCUUUGCCACCGCCCCGCAGCCACAUCGGCGCAAAAAGCCGCGCAAGCCAAGGAAACGUGGAUGGCUCCAUACGAAGGUAAUGAAGGGCAUGAAUCGUCUGUUCGAUGUACAUCUGCUGAAGAGCUUUGAGUUCCGCAUCCUAUUGGCCUCCGCCUUCUUCUAUCCGAUGGGCUUCAAUAUACCCUUUCUCUACUCCAAGAUGCGCACCAGCAUACCGGCUGAGUAUGCCCGGAUGAUUGGCCCAGCCAUCGGUGCUUCCAAUUUCGUAACGCGUAUCCUGUGCGGAUUUAUAGCCUACAAGCUGAGGAGCUGGACGAACUAUAUCUGUGGCGGUGGCAUGUUGCUCGGCGGCAUCAUGGUCUUUAUCAGCGCUUUCUUCGGCACCGAUUUGAUCUGGUUUCAGAUGGUCUAUGGAAUGUGCUAUGGCAUUGCGCCAGCUGUCUAUGCCACGCUGCGCGCUCUCAUCUAUGUGCGCUAUUUGGGGCUCUCGAAGCUGACGAACGCCUUUGGCAUUACCGCUCUGGCCAUGGGCCUGGGCGUAUUCAUUGGCACUACUUUGGGUGGUUUGCUGCUCGACAAAACGGGCGGGUAUGUGGUGCCGUUCGCCUUUGCUGGACUGUGCAUAAUGCUGGCGGGCGGUCUAAAGCUGAUUUUGCCGGCGCUCCUAAAAUGGCGUCAAAAGCGAUAUCAAACAAGAGCACUUUGAAAACAGAGCACAGUUUGCGAUGCAUUGGCUUUAUUGGCUGUUGUUGUUGCUGCUGUUGCUUUGUUCGAAUUGUUGGUGGUAUUUUACAAAAUGGUGUUUUUUGCUGUUGCUGCUGUCGUUUUUAUUUAUUACAUAAUUUCCAUAUUUUAUGUGUAA